CGAGAAUGGGCGAGGUGAUACCUUUGAAGAGACCGUGGAUCCUUUCUGCUUUCACAAUCUGCCGGAGGGUAUAUAAUGCGCUGCGAGAGGAGGACGAUGGUGGCUGAUGUUGCAGUCUGACUUUGAGCGUAUCGAGAGGAUGGCCGACGGUCAGACCAGCGAUGCCUGCUACCGUACCAGCCAGAAAAUCGAUCUGAGCGGCCGACAAGCGGUCCUCAUUCAUUCAGCCUCCUUCCUAGCCUGUUGCAAGCCCUUGUCAAACUUGUCACUGGCCGGCCGACACGCGCGUUCAUCGUUCAUCGAUGCAUCAGGCGAUCUACUCGCCAAGGCCAUGCAUCUGCUCGUUGCCCUUCAGCUUUUGACUGCGGUCACCGCCUUGCAUCAUAUCGGCGCAUUCCAUCCGCAGCAUCAUGCACAGCGACAAAGACCCGACGAGGAUCAAGCACUCCUCUUCCAAACGAGCAAUGACGCGAGUCUGGACGCGGACCCUAUCAAGCAAGCAUGGCACACGCUGCCUCUAGAUCACUUCAACGAUAGCAGCACAACAUUCAGGGCUCGCUACUGGUUCGACAACCAGUUCUAUGUCGCCGGCGGCCCGGUGUACAUCCUCAAUGGCGGAGAAACGUCAGGCGCAGGUCGGCUGCCAUUCAUGCGUACCGGUAUCCUCAGAUUGAUGUCGGAAGCCACGGGCGGAUCAAGCAUCAUACUCGAACAUAGAGCUUAUGGCAAGAGUCUGAUCGGGCCAGAUUGGAAGCCCGCCAAUCUCAAGUACCUCACAACAGCGCAAGCAUUAGCUGACGUGGCACACUUUGCCCAGCAUGCAAACUUGAGCCUUCCUUCAGGCUCCGUUCUCAGCUUAUCAAGCGUAGAGCACAGAAUCACGAUUGGAGGCUCCUAUGCAGGCGCACAGUCUGCCUUUCUCAGGCGACUCUACCCAGACAUCUUCUUCGGCGCAAUCGCAUCUUCAGCAGUAACUCAUGCGCAAGUAGACUUCUGGCAAUACAUGGAGACCAUCCGACUCAGAGGACCGAAGCAAUGCAUCCAGAGCAUCGUCGAUACCGUAGCCUUUGUUGAUUCGAUGCUUGAUCUGGAGCGAUCCGACCUCACGCGGCGGUUGCAGCGCGUCUUUGGACUCGAGAAUGUGACAGUGCCAGCAGAUUUUGUCAACGUCUUGACGACACCGCUGAACUACUGGCAAGCUGCCAAUUGGGACUCAACAGUCGGACUUGAUGUCUUUGCAAGCUUCUGCAGCCGUCUGACGAGCACAGACUCUGCCGUGCCAGAUGCGCUUACAAGCUCGCUCCUCCCAAGCUACGCUGCUCAUGCAUCCUUUAACGCACUCGGCGCGUAUGCGGCUUGGAUAAGAGAGUAUGUCACGGCUGUCUGUCCAGAGGGAGCAGAUCAGGACGCCUGUUUCGGCACAUACGAUGACAGGGCGUACCAGAAAGACGGGCCCUGGCGUGCUUGGCUAUGGCAGGUCUGUACAGAGUGGGGCUAUCACAUUGCUGCUGCACCUCUCAACGUCACCUCACUCCUUUCUCGAAGAAUCACUCUAGCGUACGUCUCCAAGUCGUGCCAACAGAGCUUCGGAAGAGACGUCCCCAUGUGGCCCAAUAUCAGCAGAGUCAACGCCUACGGCGACUAUGGUCUGUCUUACGAUAGACUUGCAUUCAUCGAUGGACAAUUCGAUGCUUGGGUGGAGGCAACACCGCACGCUAGUGUAGCUCCUCCACGCAACGACACCGAUGAGCAGCCUUUCUGGCUCAUUCCCCGCGGCGGACAUCACUAUGACGAGAAUGGCCUGCUCAAUCGAUCGGCCGAGCCAUCUCAAAUCAAAUCAGUCCACGCACGCGAGCUUGCCUUCAUCAAGAAGUGGCUCGCAGAGGACGGCGGUAUUUACGAAGCCGCGUCUGCAUUGCGCAACUCUGGCGGGACAUAGUCGAGCUCGAGAGCAGCAAAGACGGCUUCUUCGCUGUCGAGCUGUAUCAGACGUUCGUCGGCACGUGUCGUCAGCCCACUGCUAUCAAAUUUAUAGCCCAGAUCUUUGGCGCGCCGCCUAAGAUCACGCUCGAACUGCGUGGAGCCAGUCCAGCCGACGACGCCUGUCCAGUAAUUCUCCCAAGGCGAGACAAUCAAGUCUAAUCGCCGAUGAAGAGCGGCUUGGCCACUCGCUUGCGGCGGCAGAAAAAUGCAAAAGCACUUGUCAAACU